CUAACUGUGUCCUGCUGAGGACUGCUAAUCAAAAAAUAAUAAAAAAAAAAACUGCAAAUCCCCCCGUCUCCUCUUUUUCAAUAACAAUCUAUUAAAAAUGUCAAUCGAACCGCGUAAAGUCUUUUUAUGUGGCAUUUGCACCAUGCCUUUAGAAUACUGUGAAUUCAGUGGAACGCAAGAGAAGUGUAAAUUGUGGUUAAGAGAACACAAUGAGGAUUUGUAUGAAGAACUUUAUGGCGGUGUCCAAGCCGUUACAGAAGGUGUCGAAAAGGCAACUAUUGAGGACGAGACGUUGGAUAAAAAGGAUAGAAGCCUUGUAAAGGAUAAAUCAGCCAAACUCGAGGCUAAAUUAGAGCGUGAAAAUAAAAAGAAAAUGGCAUCUCGCGUCCUUAUCAAGCGUAUCGAAAGAACAAAGAGAAAGUGUGUUACAACUAUUUACGGUUUAGAUAUUUUUGGAGUUGAUUUGAAAAAGGCAGCAAAGAUGUUUGCCAACAGAUUUGCAUGUGGUUCUUCUGUCGCAAAGAAUAACCAAGGGCAAGACGAAAUCGUUGUUCAAGGUGAUUUCAGUGAUGAGUUACUUAAAAUGAUCUUGAGCAACUGGACAAACGUUCCUGAAGAGAAUAUUGAUAAAAUCGAAGAAAAGAAGAAGAAGAAGACUGAAGGACAAGUCUAAAUUAUUGUUUCCGAUUUUGUGUAAUAAAAGAAAAAGCCAGUGCCAGAUUUUUUUUUCCAAAUGUAGUAAAGAUGAGUUACCGUAAAAAAAAAGAAUGAAAUAGCAAAGAAGAAGACAAUUGGUAUAAUGCAGCGAAGCUUGAUGUGUGUUAAAGCACAAACGCUCUUCUAUUUUGAUGCUUGAAGCUCCCCAAUUAUCAACUAUCAGCUAAACUUCAUUUGAAAUUCAUUUUAUCCUCCCAUAUCCGUCUAAGGGUGUUAGCCGUCGUUGAAAGAAUUCUUAUAAAGUUACCAUUGUAUAAAGAAUUACAGCUGUUUCGCAAUGGGAUAAAAAAUAAAGUAUUUGAACUACGCC